GUUCAGUGAAAUAAUUAGGUCUGUGCACCAAGAACAUCCUCUGAUCAUAUUUAAAGGGAUAUGUAAUUACGUUAACAUCCGCGUGGGUCGCGUGGACAGGCCGUCGCGAGGCAAUAUUGAGCUUCUUAUUUCUGAAACACUAACUGUUCCAGUUGGCCAGAGUCAGCAUCGGCGGAGCAAGGGAUUGUGAGAGUGUAUUAGUAUUUCAUGAAGCACUAAAGCAUACAAACGUCUUGAAUAAUUUCCAGAGACACACAAAGAGAGGAGGAGAUUCUAAAAAUAGUUCCUGCUUUUUUUUCUCACCCAAGCGCGAUGCCGGGAUGAAGUGAAGUUCAUAGCCUGGAACAGAUGUUGGUUGUUCGCCUUGCUGUAUGAAGCGAGGAUGUGAGACUGGAUAAACUAUAGCAGCCCCACCAUGGUCAGUUUCCUCAAUGACCAGUCGGCUUUACCGUUCAUUCUGUCAUUCUUGGUCGUGGCUCAAGCACAUGAACACUUUGUAUGUAAGGACGAGUGCUACAAUAUACAGUUUUCUGACGAAGACGUCGAUACGCGUGACGACGUCAACUCAACGUCAAAUGACGACAGAAGAAAAUCCAACAUGGCGGAAUUCCUUUUCACCGCACCUUGCCCCCCUAUCUGGAACUUUACUUUGGCGUGCAACUAUUUCUCCAGAAAGACAAUUAGUUGUGAGGAGAGUACAUCUAUUCUAAAACGAUGCCUUCAGCAUUAUGAUUCUUACAUUCCAUGUAACACAACGCUUGACGUCAUAGAACGGUGUAUGGAAGAAAACGCCACAGAGUGUGAAAGUUUGUUUGAUUUAUACAACAAUUACUGCUUAAAUACGUGUAGAACUUACUGUGGUGAGACCAAGGAAAAAUACUUCCAAGGAAAUGAUACAGAUUCAGGGCUGAUAUUGACAGGUGUAAAAGUACCAAAGGACGGUAACUCUAAUGGUUCAAACAACAAGGGGAAGAACUCCACCCAUACUGUUGUAAACUAUAAUGGAAUACUUUUUAAUAUUUCUGACGCUAAUAAUACCCAUAUUAAAAUCAUCAGUGUGAGAGGCGUACGGGUACCUGACCACUGGACGUGUGGAGUUUUGUGCAUCAUCCUCUUGAUUGCAGGGGCUUUUGUUUUAAUCGGAAUACUUGGACUCAUAGCUUUCUGCACAGUGAAAAGAUACCGCCAAGAAGAAAACUCAUACAGAAUCCACAGCCAAGAUAAAUGUGUCGGGCCAGACGAAUGUGGCACAAUGUCAGACAGCGCGUUGUUGCCCACAAUGGGCUUGAAAGCGAAGCAACAUCACUUUCAUGGAAGAUACAGACACCAAGCUGUGCGAGACACGUCUUUCACACAAGUACAUUUUCCAAAUGGAUCUUCCAGACUGUUAGGAGAAAUAUUACCUGUAGAAGAGAUGGAGAAUACGCAGCUUUGAGGAUGGGGGUUCCUUGGGUGUCUGGAUGCUGUGGCUGAUGAAGAGUGUAUCAUUGAGCAUAUGUGCUUGACGGGGAUGUUGGGGCAUAUCAUCACAUUCAUGUUUAUCUAUAUCGAUUGAGAUUGUAGAAGAAAGUGAUAUCUAGUUUGCAAUUCAUAUUACGCCAUAUCAACGCCUUAACGCAUAAUCACAGCGUGGAUAUUGCCUUAAGUCACAAUUACGGUAUCGUCGCAAAUGGUAGUGUAACCGUAGCCCUGAAAUACCAAAAAACGUGUUGCUUUAAUUAGAAUAUGUUUACAGAAAAUCAGUAUUCCAUAGAACCAUGAAGAAAAACCCCGGUAAAUUAACUCAGCAGAAGUCACUAGAAUCACGUUCGUUCUACCUCCAUUUCCUAAUUCUGUGUACAAGACGGGCUCCUCUUUUAACAAGAAAUGCGCACAAGAACAGUGACGUUUGAGUAAGUGCGACGUUGCGAGAUGUUCCAACCAAUUUAUGUCCCAGUGUAUCACAGACCCACAGAAUGAUUGGGUGGUCUGCGUGGAAGGAAGUGUAAAGGAAGUGUGUGUUUACACAACGAAGCAUUUAUAAUCUUUUAUGGAACCGGACGUUCCAUUGUUUGGUAUUGUACAGUGCUAAUGCGUCAUUAUCCGUAACUUAACAUAUCAUCGUAUCAGUCUAAUAUUAUGUGGCGCAAGUAGGUGUGGUAUUACUUGCUUGUAGGACUAUCCGUCCGGAGUGACCCAAAUGUGGUAGAAAGUAAAUAAUUUGAAGAGCAAUCUUUUUCCCGCUGGCACCAGUGAUACAAGUUUCGAAGUAGACUUAAAAGAAAUUUUACUGUUGAAGAUAUCCUUAUAUACAAGAAAAAUGUUUACUUUUUAAUAUUUUUGUUGAAGCAGUACUAUAGUUGACAUAUAUGAGAUCAGUGAAAAGCAUAUUUUUUGCAUUCUUUUUCGUGAUCGACAAAAAACCCCGAAGGUUUCCAAAACAAAUCCAUCAACUAAACAAAGAAUGAAAAAAGCUGAUAACUGCAAACAUAAAUAUGAUCCGACAUUGGAAGAAACCUGAUUUUAUGAAAAACAUUGUACGCCCUUACACAAUGAAACACCCACACUCACCCACACAAACACGAUAGUGGCACAUAAUGCGUCGUAUUGUAUCGAAAACAUUGCAUUAAUACGAUGACGACGACGACGACGACCGGCAUUGCUACUGCCAGUACUUCCAUACCUCUCAUAACACAUAUUUGACUUGACAAUAUCCAUGAAGUGAAUAAUUUCUGUUGAACUAUUACGCGCAUAGCUUUAAAUGUGUGUUGAUAU